AUGUCCAGCUUAGAUCCAUCGUACACAGUCUUUAUCAGGUUGCCAUUCCCACGAGGGGACUUUGUUGAUCCGCCUUCUGUGGAAUGGGACGCCGCGAAGGACAAGGCUUUGUGGAAGAUCCUCUCUAAAGCUUCAAAGAACAGUGAUAUUGACUGGGAUGAAUUAGCCGGCAAAUUCGAAGUCACCCUAGCCUUCCUCCUCCAACAAGCAGCAUGGCUUUACGAAAGACAGCUCCUACAAGUGCGGGCACAAAUGAGAAAAGUCGGGGUAUCAAAAGGUUCUGCUGCGCCAUCGCCAGUUCCUGGUAGCACCUCUGAAAAUGUAGGAGGUGAAAUGAUGAGAAAGACAGGCUCUGGAGGUGCAGGCCCACGAGUUUCAUCAGCUCUAUCAUCUAGAAAGGAUUCUGCGCUACUCAAGAAUGACUCUAGCACUUCAAGUACUCCUAGUCGUCCAUUAGUAGAAGCUGUUAGCCGCUCCCCACAACCAGAACCCCCCUCAUCCGAGUCGAGUUCCGAAGAAUCAUCAUCUGAUUCAGAACCACCUGCACAAAGCCGACUUCUGCGACGACCUACUCGCUUUUCAUCGAAUAAGUUGGGAGAAUCAGAAGAUGGUGAUGAGGAUGACCAGCCUGCUUUCAUGCCAUUUGUUGGCGAGUCUGCCCAUAAUGAUCCAAGCGCUACACUGAGAGGCGAUCCAAGGAAUAUAGGUCGUAGGGCACCAACAAAGAAGCCGAUGGAAGUGGCGCAACAAUCACAAACUUCUGACUCCUCGGCGAGUUCUACAGCCCCUGUAACGAGACGCCCCCAACCGUUACCGAAAGAGGGAUCUCAAAGACAAAGGCCCACGGGCCCAUUAUCUCCAAGACGAACUGCUGAGUUGGCUGGGCGAAGUCCUGGUAUGAAGAGUAAAGGAAGAGAGAGUAGCGAUGGAACACCGAGUAUGGGCAGUAGUUUUAGUGACUUGGAUGACGCCUCAGUCACUCAAAGUGCAUUAGAGGAGGCUUUAGCUAGUAACAUGCAAGCUGGCGGCGGUAUGGCAAGUAGGAUGUCAUCUAUCAGCCAAGCUCUCCGGAGCAAAUAUCUAUGA